GUUUACUUCAGGCAGUUCCAGUGUUCCUGAUUGACUCAAACCCAAGAUCUCUUAGUCUGGUAUCCCCACCUCUGACACUAGUUAGUACCAAAGCCUUCAUUAGUAAAGGUGGUGUCGGAUUUGACAUUAACUGUGGUGUCCGCUUACUACGUACAAAUUUGGACGAAAGCGACGUGCAGCCUGUCAAGGAGCAGCUUGCCCAGGCUAUGUUUGACCACAUUCCUGUUGGUGUUGGCUCCAAAGGUGUCAUCCCCAUGAACGCCAAAGAUUUGGAAGAGGCGCUAGAGAUGGGUGUGGACUGGUCUCUCCGGGAAGGCUAUGCCUGGGCAGAGGACAAGGAGCACUGUGAGGAAUAUGGAAGAAUGCUGCAGGCUGACCCCAACAAGGUCUCCUCAAGAGCCAAGAAGAGGGGCCUGCCUCAGCUGGGGACCCUGGGAGCCGGAAACCAUUACGCCGAGAUCCAGGUUGUGGAUGACAUUUACAACGAAUAUGCUGCCAGGAAGAUGGGCAUCGACCACAAAGGGCAGGUGUGCGUGAUGAUCCACAGUGGCAGCAGAGGUCUGGGCCACCAGGUUGCCACAGAUGCAUUGGUGGCUAUGGAAAAAGCUAUGAAACGGGACAAAAUCAUAGUGAAUGAUCGCCAGCUGGCGUGUGCCAGGAUUGCCUCCGCAGAGGGACAGGAUUACUUGAAGGGAAUGGCAGCUGCUGGGAUAUUUUUCCGCUCUUCUAUGACUUUUCUAACAAGACAGGCCUUUGCCAAAGUCUUCAACACAACCCCAGAUGACCUUGAUAUGCACGUCAUCUAUGAUGUGUCUCACAACAUUGCCAAAGUGGAGCAACAUGUAGUGGAUGGAAAGGAGCGGACUCUGCUGGUGCACAGAAAGGGAUCAACCAGGGCCUUCCCUCCGCACCAUCCUCUUAUCGCUGUUGAUUAUCAACUGACUGGACAGCCUGUUUUGAUCGGCGGGACUAUGGGCACCUGUAGCUAUGUUCUUACUGGCACAGAGCAAGGCAUGACUGAGACCUUCGGAACUACUUGCCAUGGAGCUGGUCGUGCACUGUCCCGAGCCAAAUCUCGACGUAACUUGGACUUCCAGGAUGUAUUGGACAAGCUGGCUGACAUGGGGAUUGCCAUCCGUGUUGCUUCUCCCAAACUGGUCAUGGAAGAAGCACCAGAGUCUUACAAGAACGUGACAGAUGUGGUUAACACCUGCCACGCAGCUGGCAUCAGCAAGAAAGCCAUUAAACUGAGACCUAUUGCUGUCAUAAAAGGCUAGGAGCUGACAAGGCAGCAGAAACACACUGACAUCUCCAGGCCUUACGCAAAACUGACUAGAACCAUCAUCUUCCCACGCCUCUUGGACUCUGUAGGAUGGUCAGAUAUCACGUCUCUGUUCUGGAAACACAACAGUUGAGGAUACACCUAUUUUUAAUCAC